AUGGUAUCUGCUAAACUCUUGCAAAAAGCGCAAGCAGAAAUAAGCGGCUGGCGUUGUGUAGAGCACCGAUUAUAGACCAUGGCCACCUCAAUGCUCCAAUCUAACAUGGAAGGAACGGAGACCUACACCUAUUCUUCGCAGCCCCACGCUGCUCCGCAGAAGGCCAAAUACAGGGAAAAGCAGCCGCAGGCAGCCGGAAACAUGAUGUAUGACAGACGCAUCAUUCGAGGCAACACAUACGCCCUGCACACUCUCCCAGCAUCAUCUCAACCAGAUCCGUUUGGAGCUCCAGAGACAGCAGGAGUCACGUCGUCGUGCCAUCGCCCGCCGCCGAGCCCGGGAGACCCUCCGACCUCGCUCCCCUCCCCCGGUGGACGGCCGGAGACACACAGAGGUCCAGACAGAGCUUUACCUGGAGGAGAUCACUGACAGAGUGGAGGAGACUGAGGUCGCGACGCAGACUGAUGCGUUUCUGGACAGGCCGCCAACUCCACUGUUUGUUCCGGCCAAGAUCGGCAGGGAUGUGGCUACUCAGAUUGAGGAGGGAGAUCUAUUUCACUUUGACCUGGAGGUGCAGCCUAUUCUAGAGGUGCUGGUGGGGAAGACAGUGGAGCAGGCUCUGUUGGAGGUCAUGGAGGAGGAGGAGCUCGCCGCCCUCAGACAACAACAGCGAGUGUUUGAAGAGAACAGGAAUGCAGAGAUGGUGGAGAUGCAGCGACUGGAGGAGCAGGAGAGGCGACGGAGGGAGGAGAAGGAGAGGAGAAUGCAGCAGAAGAGAGAGGCUCUGCUGAAGGAGAAGGAGACGGCCGAAAAAGUAGCGGCCCGUGCCUUUGCCCAGAGCUACCUCUCUGACCUCCUGCCCUCUGUCUUCUCCAACCUCAACCAGGGAGGCUUCUUCUAUGACCCUGUCGAGAGAGAGGUUGAGGGGCAGUUUCUGCCGUGGCUGAUGGAUGAGACUGUGAAGGUGCUGGACCAGAGGAUCCUGGCCAGAGCUCUGCUUGACUCCCUGAUCGCUGAGGUGGUGAUGAGAAAACUCGGCAUUGAACCUCCGAAGACACCACAACCAGAUCCAACCACUGAGGCCCCACCCACCACCACCGACCCCGCCCCUUUGUCGACAGUGGAAGCCCCGAAUGAGACAGCUACUCCAACAGAGGUGCCACCCAUAGCAACCGAAGCACCACCUACCACAACUGAAGCUCCACCAACUACAAUUGAGGCCCCACCACAACUGAAGCUCACCCACACAACUGAGGCCCCACCCACCACAACUGAAGCUCCACCCACAACUACUGAGGCCCCACCCACCACUACUGAGCCUCCACCCACAACUGCUGAAGCUCCACCCACCACUACUGAGCCUCCACCCACAACUGCUGAAGCUCCACCCACCACUACUGAGGCCCCACCAACUACAACUGAAGCUCCACCCACCACUACUGAGCCUCCACCCACAACAGCUGAAGUUCCACCCACCACCGCUGAGGCCCCACCCACCACAGCUGAAAUAGACACAAAGCAACAGAGUGAAGGCGACGGGGAAAAAGAUACUGGUGACAGUAGCAACAAAGCAGAAAAGAUAGGAGAAACCCCUCCAGAGCAGACUGAAGAACAGAAAUGAUAGUUCAUUACCCAACACUAUGAUGAGAACUAACAGCAAUUACAAUUAUCAUAGGCACUCAUAUCAGGGGCAACUGCGAUGUUAGGCUGAGGCGUAUAAUUGCGCAUGCAGGACAAGGAAGUUAAGUAUAGUGCAGGCGGGCAGCACCGUGUGGUCUGUGG